AUGCAAUCCUACUACAAAAAAUUUCAACUUGGUAUGCUUUCUCUCGCUUCUCCAUCUCUUACUUACUUGAAAAUUUCCGGCUUGAGCUUUGCAUUCCAUCAUGCUACCCCACUCGUCUAUCGUCUUUCAUUUGAAGGUCAAUGUCGUAUACCAGAAAGCGGUUCAGUUUUUCUAAUUGAGUUCAUAUACGAUGAUCAUCUACUUCUUAACGGCGAUCAACUCGUACUCAACGAUGGUCGUAAUUGGAUGUACCAAACUCCAAGCCAUUGGCACAAACCAUCGAUGGGUGCAUAUCAUGAAAUUUGUAUACACUCUGAUAUAGUUCAAUUGCCGAGUGGAACCCAUAUAGUUGAUGCAGGCAUUCAACUAUUAGCGCCAUUUCCAAAUACUGCUAUUAUACUUAGUGCAGGAAAAUUGAUAGUCGAACUGAUACAAUAUAGUUCAAACGUCAAUCAUGGCUUGCCAAUGCUUCCACUUGGGUCAAUGAUUGGAUAA